AUUCGGACCAUCACUUUUUGGUAAUUUUUCGGAGGUUAUGUUUUGAUUGUGGAUUGUAGUUAUAUUUGUUGUAUAUAUCUAGCGAAAUGGUUAUAUUAAGGAAGGUAGAAAAUGAGUUUUUUAUAUCAAAAAUGGAUAAUAUUAUUCACUGUGAUUUGGAGAAAUGCAUAGAACAAAUUCUUGAAAUUCCUGAACCUAUUUUGCCUGAAAAUUUAACAAAGGGUCAGAUGGAAGUGUUGAAAAAAGAGAUGAGAACUGUUACAUCUUUGGAAUUCUCUAAAUUUAGGGAAUAUAUUGUGGUUUCAACAGAGAAUAAACAAAUUAUUGUUUAUGAUAAACAUUUCAAUAUAGUGAAAAAUAUCAUCAUUCAUCGUGCAGCAAGUAAGGCAUGUUUCACCACAUCGAAUGACAUUCUAGUGGCCGACAAAACUGGGGAUGUAUAUUUAUAUAAAAUUUCGAAUGAAGAUGAUGUACCAAUUCUCUUACUGGGACACUUGAGUGUUAUUUUAGACAUGCAGAUUAGUGAAUGCGGAAAAUACCUCAUUACAUGCGAUAGAGAUGAAAAAAUACGAGUUUCACAUUUUCCAAAUUGUUACAAUAUAGCCAGUUACUGUUUGGGCCAUACAGAAUUCAUAACGAGGCUGGUAAUAGUUGAAAAAUUGUUAAUAUCAGCUUCAGGAGAUGGAACAGUGCGUUUUUGGGACUUUAUCAAAGGAAAACAACUAGGUAUCAUCAAUACCCACAAACACAUAAGCAAUAAAAGUUUACUGGAAGACUUUUGUCUGGAUAUGGAUAAAGAGAAAGUGGAAAUUUCAGCUCUUCCUAUAACCGAUGUUCAAGUAUGCUCUGGUGAUAAACUGUUAAUUGCUGUAUCAGUUCAUAGAUAUAAUGCUAUCCAAUUGUUCAGUACAGACUUGAAUAACUUUGAGUCACAUUUUAUUGCAAAAUUAUGCUUGCAGGAUCCAUUUGUAUUUUGUUUCAGUAAUAAUGAACUCUACAUCUUAGGCAAUAAGCUUAGUUGUUUUCAAAUUAAUGAUAAUUUUGAUAUAGUUGAAAAAAAUAUCCCUUCUUUAGAAAAUAUUUCUGAAAAGUUCCAAAGUUAUUUUAACAAAAAAUUUGAAGAUACUAGUAUAACUGUACUAUACAAAAGAAAAUAUGACAAUGUUCAAGAAUAUUUGUUAAGAAAAAAGCAGCGGCUAGAUGAGAAAUAAAUAAUAUUCAAAAAC